AUGAAUGUAGUGGAGUACUGGUUCUUUGACACAGAUUUGCUUUACUAAAAAGUCAUGAGAGUAAGAACAGGAAACCUAUAGCUUCCUGUCAGCGGCUCCUUCUAUAGCAAAUGCCAGUGAGAAGCCCCUCCCUGGUUCACCUGAACGCCGAGCAGCAUAUAAAGCAACAGCAGCCGAAUGACUGACACCAGCUGGAGUUCCAUUGUCGCAGGAUUAAAGCUCGUUCUGUAGGAAAAGGACGAUGGCUCCAAUUGGGAUGGUCAGCACUCUGAGCUGGUUUGGACCUCUAAUGUUCAUUCUCUCUGCAGUCGCCUUCAUGCUCCUCAGCAUCCUUCUUAUUACCUUGUGCACCAAUUGUCAAAAAAAAUCUAGCAGCAGCUAUGGCAUGAAUCAAACAAAGAACUCCAACGGGAACACUGAAAUAAGCAGAGGAGGAUCCAAUGAACCAGACGGUGUUGUGAACACCAACUGGCGAAACCACAGCACCAUGCCUCCCCUCACACUGGAAAGAACUAAAACCCGCAGCACCCAGAGUCAGCCAGUUAACUCAGGACACUAACCUUUCAAGAAGAGAACUUGACCAACAGAAACAACCUCAUUCCUACAGCUAAGAAGCAACAUACCAAUGCACGGAAAAACCCUUUUCCUAAACUUGACAGUAUCCCAAAAGGAGUGGAUGCCAUCCACUCAUUCUACUUCAUCUGCACACGGAUCUCUUUGGCCUGGAAUUUAAAUUCUGAACUUUUCAUCAUUAUUCAUCAGCUUUUUGCUUGCAUUUCACUUGAACUCUGACUCCCAACAGAAAGAUGUCUUUAUAGGUUUCACACUCACAACAAAAAUAUGUAAGCUGGAACAAUAAAAACACAAUCCAGACAGGCUGCAAAUGUGUUUUACUUUUGUAAGUUAUCUGGUUACAAAGACAUCCUAGAAACCAAGUCUUCCUAACUCAAGAGUUCAGUGGUGGUUAAAAGUCCUGAGGCGAUUGGCUCACUGUGUCAAUCGACCUGUCCCUAUGUUUGAAGGAGUACAAGACACCCUGCUGUCGUCACGGUGAAUAUUCCAAUCCAGCCACUCAGCAAAUAAUACUCUGAAGACAGAAGCAGAAUGAGAAGGUUGUUAUGAAACUUACUUUAACUCAAAUGAUGCUCAUAUUUUGUUUCUUUUACUAUUCUAUUGAAGACUUUUUCUUUUAGAUUUGCAUUUGCCUGUUUAGUGUGACAUUCAUGUAAAUUCCUGACAAACGAUGAAAAAGAUGUCAAUAAAAAAAGUGCAAUAGUUCAAAGCCA